AUGAGCACCGGGUCUCGAUCGAGUCCUUCCUUGCGGCCGCAGGCGACGGUUGAAACCGGCGGGGGGGGCGGCGGGGGCGAGAGUUCAUCCUCAGCGGAGGAUAAGAGCUCGAGCGCCGGCGGUGGCGGCGAUUGUCAGAACAAUUCAACGGAAGUUGGUCCACGAAGAAGCGUCGAUACAUUUGGCCAUCGGACUUCAAUAUAUCGCGGUGUAACAAGGUCCUUCCCAUUAAUGAAUGCCGUCCCCUAAUGAGGAACCCUAAUUCCUUUUUCUAAAAUCAUCAUCUGAAGACAACCCAUCGAUGAUCGCCCCCAUAUCCUGUUUUGCCUUAUUUUUCUAUAUUUCUCUGACGAUAUUUCCCAGCCAUGCGAUGAAAAGAGUAACCAUUCAGUUUAACACCCGUCUGUUUUUGCCCGGCCUUCAUGUCAUUAUCCCGAAAUUUUUCUCUCUAGAACUUUAAGUAAAGAAACUUCUGGAUCAUCAAAGAUUGUGUCUGCUCCAAUGUUCUAUCAACACUCAUUCGUCCUGUAGCUUCGGUUGAUGAAGAUUCUCUGCCCCCGUCUCCUUUUAUCGCAAAAUAAAUAUACACCAUCCGUAACAUUCUAUAGUCUUUUUACGUCUAGCAGCAAUCCUCUCUCUCAAUCUUUCUUUUUAACGGUCCUUUCGUUCUUCAAGCGCUCCUAGGGUUUAUUUCAUCCUGGAAUUUUUCUCUCCCCAGGCACAGAUGGACAGGAAGGUAUGAAGCUCAUCUAUGGGACAACAGCUGCAGAAGAGAGGGACAAACUCGCAAGGGGAGGCAAGGUAUGACUCUCUCUCUCUCUUUCUCUCGCAUUGUUUUCAUCAUAACUACCCAUUAUUGUGACGUUUCCCUUGUCUACAUCCAUGGGCGUUAUCUGCUGGUCGAUCUCGGCUCAUCUUCCUAAAAACAGUCUACUUGGGUAAGAGAAUAGAUUUUGGGCCUUCCUAUGUAACGGAUUUUAUUGUAUUUAUGGAUGAAGCCGGUAAUCCUUCUCCAAUUUCCCAGGUGGAUAUGACAAGGAAGAGAAAGCAGCAAGAGCUUACGAUCUUGCUGCUCUCAAGUACUGGGGGUCAGCGACCACGACCAACUUCCCUGUGAGAAGCUAAUUGUGGUAAUUAAUAAUCUAUCCUAUACUCCAUUGCAGCAUCUAAUACCUCUUCUUCUUCCUCAUCUCAGAUUAGUAACUAUGAGAAGGAGCUGGAGGAGAUGAGGCAGAUGACCAGGCAGGAGUAUGUUGCCUCUCUUAGAAGGUUAGAUAGAUCCUUUCCUUCCCCCUCAGGAAGUGUUAGAUUUUCUCUGUCUAGAUUAGGUCUGAGGAAAGAGCAUGCACUUCACAGCUUUUGGAGUUCUUAUUCUGAUGCAGGAAGAGCAGCGGGUUCUCUCGAGGAGCGUCUAUUUACCGAGGAGUGACAAGGUAUGAAUACGGUUCUUCAGACGCCAAGAACAGGAGUCUGGAAACCUGUUCUUGUCUCCAUAUCGGUUUCGUCAGUGAUUUGGUGCUUCUCUCUCUCUCUCUCUCUCUCUCUCUCUCUCUCUCUCUCUCUCUCUCUCUCUCUCUCUCUCUAUACCCAUUCCUCUCGUAAUAUCGUUGAUUCCCCGAUGAGCAGAUCAAGGCGGCCAUCCUUUCUUCUUGAACUCAGAUUUCCGACAUAUAUCAGGGCCCUCUCUCUCUCUCCUCAUGAUUAUCUCGAUGCAUGGCUACGCAUUCUUUUUUAUUUGCUUUUCGGCAGAAGUAUCAGGGUUUCAUCUCUCUCCUGAUAAUGCCUGGCCGCACUUUCUUCUCUAGUUGAUCCCUUCGGCAUAAAUAUCAUUGUUUCUUCCGUCCUCUCUCUCUCUCUCUCUCUCUCUCUCUCACACACACACACACACACACACACCCCACGACCUGGAUGAGUGUCGUUGUUCAUUCCUUCAUCCAAGUAUGAUGUAAGCCGGUUUCUUCUGAACAACAGGCAUCACCAACAAGGGAGAUGGCAGGCGAGAAUCGGAAGAGUUGCAGGGAACAAGGAUCUCUACUUGGGCACAUUCAGUAAGCUUUCAUGACUAUUUUAUCAGAAAAAAAAUUGAAUAUUCAAAAAUUGUAAGAAUUGUCGCAUAAAAUAGUUGCCUUUGCCUAAGCUCUCUCUCUCUUCCCCCCCUCCAUCUAUCUAUCUAUCUAUCUUGCAGGCACCCAAGAAGAAGCUGCAGAGGCGUACGAUAUCGCCGCUAUCAAAUUCCGGGGUCUCAAUGCCGUCACAAACUUCGAUAUGAAUCGGUGCGUUCAAAACCCUACUCUCUCUCUCUCUCUCCCCCUCCCUAUCUCAGCUAAGGUGCUUCAAAUGGUUUCAGCCUGA